CGACGCUCGCCUGGGCGGCAGAGAAAGCCAGGCUGCCUGGAGGAGGACGCGUGACCGGGCCUGAAAGUCCGUACCUGCUCCAUGGUGACGGCCAUGUCGGUGAGGUUGCGGUUCCUGUCCUCUGGGGACGCGGGGGCCGUGGGGGUCGUGGGCCGGAGCGCCUCCUUCGCGGGCUUCAGCAGCGCACAGAGCCGGAGGAUCGCAAAGUCCAUCCACGGGAACUCCGUGAGAGCUCGAAUGCCUGCCAAAUCGUCCAAGAUGUAUGGCACGCUGCGGAAGGGGUCUGUCUGCCCGGACCCCAAGCCACAGCAGGUGAAGAAGAUCUUCGAAGCACUCAAGAGAGGCCUCAAGGAGUAUCUGUGCACCCAGCAGGCCGAGCUGGAUUACCUGUCAGGGCGCCACAAGGACACCCGCAGGAAUUCCAGGCUGGCCUUCUAUUACGACCUGGACAAGCAAACGCGCUCUGUGGAAAGGCACAUCCGGAAGAUGGAGUUUCACAUCAGCAAGGUGGACGAACUCUACGAGGGCUACUGCAUCCAGUGCCGCCUGCGCGACGGGGCCUCCAACAUGCAGAGGGCCUUCUCCAGGUGCCCGCCCAGCCGCGCCUCCCGGGAGAGCCUGCAGGAGCUGGGCCGCAGCCUGCAGGAGUGCACCGAGGACAUGUGGCUUAUCGAGGGGGCCCUGGAGGUUCACCUGGGAGAGUUCCACAUCAGGAUGAAAGGCUUCGUGGGCUAUGCACGCCUCUGUCCCGGAGACCAGUACGAGGUGCUCAUGCGCCUGGGCCGCCAGCGCUGGAAGCUGAAGGGCCGGAUCGAGUCUGAUGACAGCCAGACCUGGGAGGAGGAGGAGAAAGUUUUCAUCCCCACGCUGCACGAGAACUUCGAGAUCAAGGUGACAGAGCUGAGGGGCCUGAGUUCACUGGCCGUGGGCACAGUGACCUGCGACAUCACUGACUUCUUCACGACCAGGCCGCAGGUGAUCGUGGUGGACAUCACAGAGCUGGGCACCAUCAAGCUACAGCUGGAGGUGCUGUGGAACCCGUUUGACACCGAGAGCUUCCUGGUGUCGCCCAGCCCUACGGGCAAGUUCUCCAUGGGCAGCAGAAAGGGCUCCUUGUACAACUGGACACCCCCAAGCACGCCCAGCUUCCGAGAGAGGUACUACCUGUCUGUCCUGCAGCGGCCAGCGCAGCAGGCUUUGCUGCUGGGUGGGCCAAAGGCCCCUUCCAUCCCCGGCUACCUGUCCGACAGCGACCUUCGGGGGUCCGGCCUGCGGAGCCGGAGUCAGGAGCUGCCCGAGAUGGACUCUUUCAGCUCUGAGGACCCCCGAGACACUGAGACCAGCACAUCGGCAUCCACCUCAGACGUGGGGCUCCUGCCCGUGGCCGUUGGCCCCAACACCUCCAUCGAAGAGGAGGCCCAGGAGGACCCCCGAUCCCUGGGCCUCCUGCCGGAGAUGGCCCACCUGGCGGGAGGCUCAUUUGUGGAGCAGCCUGGCUGGAGGAAUUUGGGAAUCGAGGCCCCCAGCCUGCCACGGGGCUCCCCAUUCCACAAGCAUACAGUCCCGGGUAGCCAGAAAGACGAUGACGAAGGAGAAGCCGAGGGCGGAGCGGAUGGGCCUGGGGUGACCCUCGAGAGGCCGCUGCAAGAGGUUCUGGAUUUACUGAGGUCCAUGGAUACUGCCCAGCCCCAGCUCCGGGAGCUGGAGUACCAGGUUCUCGGCUGCAGGGACCGGCUGAAGCCCCGUGGCGCCCGCCAGGAGCACGCCUCUUCCGAGAGCCUGAUGGAGUGCAUCCUGGAGAGCUUCGCCUUCCUCAAUGCUGACCUCGCCCCGCAGGAGCUGUCCCUGUGUGGGGGCUGCCAGGGUCCCAGAAAGGACAGGAGCCCGCCCCCGCUGCCACCACGGACAGCGUCACCUCGGGAGCUGACGGCCGGCACCCCGGAGCUGGACACGUUGCUCACCGUCCACCUCCACGUCUGCAAAACUCUGCUGCAGAAACUUGCCUCUCCUAACCUGUCGAGGAUGGUCCAGGAAUGCCUUCUGGAAGAAGCCGUGCAGCAAAAGCAGGUUCUGGAGAUGCUCUCUGUGCUGGAUUUUGAGAAGGUCAGCAAGGCAGCAUCCAUUGAAGAAAUUGUCCCCCAGGCCACACGGAGGAAGGGGUGCCUGAAGCUGUGGAGAGGGUGCACCGAGCCCGGCAGCGUCCUGUCCUGUUCCGGCACGACGCUGCUGAACCAACUCAAGAAGACGUUUCUGCACAGAGUCCGAGGGAAAUACCCGGGACAACUGGAAAUAGCAUGCCGAAGGCUCCUGGAGCAGGUGGUCAGCUGUGGUGGGUUGCUCCCCGGAGCCGGGCUCCCCGAAGAACAGACGGUCACCUGGUUCCAGUUUCACAGCUACCUGCAGAGGCAGGGGGUGUCUGACCUAGAGAAGCACUUUGCCCAGCUCACCAAAGAAGUAACACUUGCCGAGGAGCUGCAGUGUGCGGGGCAAGUCAAGACGAUCAGGAAGCUGCAGGGGAAGCGGCUGGGCCAGCUCCAGCCCCUGCCCCAGACGCUGCGGGCCUGGGCACUGCUGCAGCUGGACGGGACCCCCCGGGUGUGCAGGGCGGCUAGUGCUCGCCUGGCCAGCGCGGCACGGAACCAGAGCUUUCGGGAGAAGGCUCUGGUCUUCUAUACCAACGCCCUGAUGGAGAACGAUGCGAAACUCCAGCAGGCCGCGUGUGUGGCGCUAAAACACCUCAGGGGCAUUGAAAGCAUCGAUCAGAUCGCCAGCCUGUGCCAGUCGGACCUGGAGGCCGUGCGAACAGCAGCCCGGGAAGCCACGCUGUCAUUCGGGGAGAAAGGACGCUCAGCUUUUGAGAAGAUGGACAAACUCUGCUUGGAACCAAGAGGAGAAGCCUUUUGCCAGGAAGCGGAUAUUGAAAUCACUGUAUUUUAAGAAGCCUCAGCUGGCACCUUUGUUUUUGCUGCUGCCUUGCCUUGACCCAGGGCCAGAGCUGUGGGUGGGGGUAUGCUCUGUGCUCCCUCAGUCCCCAGACCAGUCACGCAGCCCAGGGGCACAAAUGGGACUUUGCAUAUAGGAGCAGGAAAAGGGGACGUGCGGCACUUUGAAGGCUGUUGGACUUGAGUCAAACGACCAGCUUUCAGUUUUGAGAAUGUGUCUGACCUUCCCUGGCCAGCUGCACCCCGAAGGGGCCAAGGCCAGGCGGGUUGAGGCCUGGAAUCAAAGUCUCCCUGCCGGUUGGCCUGCUCAGCACUGCUGGUUCAAUAAAGACGGGCAGUGAAGAGACAAGCGGGCUGACUGACCUUGCUAAAGAGGACGCAGUGGGUCAUUUCCAUGGCAGCAAGCCGUCACCUUGGCAAGCCAGGCAAGGUGGGAAGACAGACAGAGCCAGGGUUUCCAUGAUUCAUGCUCUUAACCCAAGCAGUAGUCCAAACGCCCCCGUGGAGCCUGGUGGCGGCCUGCAGACCGUGGACCUUAUCGUCACUGUGUUCAACAGCACAAGGAAGAAAACGUCAUUGGCCAGGAAACCUUGUGUCGUGUCAGUAAAAGCAUCCACCGUGACCUCACUCAUCAAAAUGGAAUCGAACUUUUGAACGGAAGUCAACUUAGGGCCGAUUAGAUAAAUUGUGUCAGAAGCCAUCAGCCGGUUUGAAGAAAGAUUUCACUGAAGAAUAUAUUUAAAGAAAGAAGAUUCGUUUCUUAUUUAAGUCUGUUAAAAAAAAACCAAAACCCUCAAAUGUGUCCUGAAGUGUUUUUGUGUUGAGCCGUAGAGACAACCUGGGGUACGUGACUCCUGACAAUGGCAUUGGGGAUUCUGGAGUCUUCAACCUUCUCAUGUAAACUUCCUGUAUAUACUCUGUGCUUUUCGGUUUAACUUUGUAUUUAUUUGCCUUGUUCCUAUGUUCAGUUUUUUGAAUUUCAAUUAAAAUGAAUUUUAUUGGUGUCUCACUUUACCUGAAAAAA